AUGAAUUUCCGCAACUUUUUCCUGUCCAUCUUCCUGGUCUUGGCUGUCGGCUUCGCGCUGGCCCAGGCCCAGGAUGCUAAGAGAGAGCCUCGUGGUCCCAAGAUCACUAACAAGGUCUACUUCGACAUCCAGCAUGGAGAUGAGUCUCUUGGCCGAGUUGUUCUUGGCUUGUACGGCAAGACUGUCCCCAAGACUGCUGAGAACUUCCGUGCUCUAGCCACCGGCGAAAAGGGCUUCGGCUAUGAAGGCUCUACCUUCCACCGAGUCAUCAAGGACUUCAUGAUCCAGGGUGGUGACUUCACCCGGGGUGAUGGCACUGGUGGCAAGUCGAUCUACGGCAACAAGUUCGAGGAUGAGAACUUCAAGCUGAGACACACCCGCCCGGGUCUCCUGAGCAUGGCGAACGCCGGCAAGGACACCAACGGCUCCCAGUUCUUCAUCACCACCGUUAUCACCUCGUGGCUCGAUGGCAAGCACGUUGUCUUCGGUGAGGUGCUUGAGGGCUACGACAUUGUCGACAAGAUCCAAAAUCUUCCCAUGAGCGGCUCCCAGCCCAAGCCUGCGGUCAAGAUCCUGAAGAGUGGAGAGCUGGAGUUCGACUCAGAGUCUGAGAACAAAUCGGAAUCCGAGGACAAAGAACCCGUCGUCAACCCGGACAUCGCCCACGAAACCCCGGUGGCCCCCCAGGCCGCCACGCCAUUCGCUUCGUUCCAGCCGGUCGUGAUCUUGGUGGUUGGAGGGGCUUUGAUUGGCUUCUGGAUCCGUCGCCGUCGCCAAAGCCAGCUGAAUGAUAAGGAGUUUAGUGCGUAG